GAGCUGUUAUCAGUGCGCAGCCAGCGGCCGGGAGCGCUGUACGAGUUUCCAGCAUGACGAUGCAGCAGCGUUGCGAGACGUUGACGCUGAAGGUGGCUGACUCCAUCAUCAACCACCUGCGGGAGAACUUCUUCGCCGAUGAGCCUCUGAACAAGGCGGUGGGGUUGUGCGAGCGUGGACAACCGCACGCGGCCUUGGAGGAGCUCUGCACGGCCACUUUGGAAGAUGGGCUCUCUUUGGCCACUUUUCCGGGGGACAGGGUCUCCGCAGUGGCCUUGAAUGGCGUCUUAUGACCCGGAGACAUCGAGGUGUCCCUGGCGAAACUGAAACAAUCGACCGACGAGAAGUUCAACAAGAUCUUCACCAUCCUGUACACCGUGACCCGCGACCUGAAGCUGUUUUCGAAGUUUGACGUGGACCGUAUCCUGGAGUGCCGCAUCAUCUCUGUGUCGGAGACGGAGAGAGGCAAGGGGGUGGCUAAGGCGUUGAUGCAAAAGACCAUUGACCUCGGCCGCCAGGAGGGGUUUAAGCUGUUCAAGGUGGAUGCGACCGGCGCGUACUCGCAGCGCAUCUGUGCCAGCCUCGGCCUGCGCGAGCUGUGCAAGGUGCCCUACGCCAGCUACCUCGACGACGCCGGGAAGCCGGUCUUCGACGUCCCCGAGCCUCAUACCGCUCUCUCCGUCAUGGUCCUCGAACUAGAACCAUGCCUCCGCAAGGUCCCUCUCCCCAUCAUGGUCACAGUAAAGCAGGAGCCGCUCGACGAGUCCGAGCUUGAACAACUCAAGCAACUCGACCUCCGCACUAAAAAGCCUCUCGUUGCGGAGGCUGACUCCACAGUGGAGGAUCCCGGAAACCCGGAAGAUCCUCCGAAGGCUCCUCCUGCUAACCCUGAGCCUGCAGAGGAACCUGCAAACGAUUCCGAGCCCAGGGAGCGUGAUCCUACCAUCCCCGAUUCUACCAAUACUGAGUAAUCUGGUAAGAAGAAGUAGCCUUUACUCUUAGAGUGGCUAUUUAUAAUGGAGCUGCACCAGCUCGGAUUAAGGGUUUGUUGUAAGGGCUACUUAAGUUUUUAGCAGAAAGGUUAACAUUUUAAAUGCUACCUUUAUUGCUGUCAAAGAAUCAGGGGACUGGACACAUCUGCCAAUCAUGGUGGGUGCAUGCAUGCUUGAUUAUUUUGUCGUCUAAUAAUAUUCACCAACUGGUGAACCAUAUUUAUUGGAAGGGGUAUUUAUUUGUAACCCUAUCACUGUUGUAGUACUGUCACUAUCUUUGAAAAGAAGAUAAGGCUUUUUUUGUAAAGGAAAUUGUCAAAGUUCCCACACAAAUUGCUCUAAAAUCAUACCAAACUUGCAAAUUGUUUUAAACUUCAAUUAUUUUUAAAAACAGCAACCAUUAUUUAAAUUUUAUUUUUACGACAGUAAAUUAAAUGGAAUUGAAUACAAUUCAAUCAAAAAAGUAAUCAAUGUGAGUGCUUUCGAGAUUAAUUUUCAUUUGGGACUUACAAAUACGACCUUGGAUUAUUGUAAUCUCUUAUGUUUAUUGGUUUUAAGGCGAAUUUAGACAACUUCCUUUUGCGCCAAAGUUUAUGUGUAUGAUGUUUGUGUCUAAAUUGCUGGUCUAGUAAUAACAUCUCACUUAAUUUCAUCAAUAAAUAGGUAUUCUACAAAGCCUUUAUAUGAAUUCAAGAAUUAUUUUGGCCUAAUUACAAAAACACUGUCUGUCUCCUAUGAAAUUUUAUUAAAUUUAUUUAAAUUAAGGUAUUAUUAUGGUGGUGCGGCACAAAGUAUUUUGAUAUAAUUAUACUGUUUAAAAUAAUGUCUUGUUUAUAUGCGGACAAUACGACUUUACAUUUAUAAUUUAAAGUUAGAAAUUCUAAAAAAUUACUCAACAGUUCUUUAAAGUUGAUAUUAUUUAACUGAUAAUAUUUAAGUUAAUUUAUUAAGAUGUAUAUUUUUACUUAGUUUUCUUAAAACCUUAGAAUAGUUGAGAUUUAAUAUUAUUCGAAAAAUAAAAUGUUUAUUUUUACAUCCCCUUUUCUAUAUUCUUCAUAGGAACUAUACAUGUCUUUUCAAAAGAUAUCACUUACUAUUAUAUUGUACGGUGUUAUCUCGUAAUCAAGUAUUUAGAGUCGAUUUACGAGAUGACUGAUACUUCAACGUUGUUUUGUAGUAUCUUUACAUUGUAUACCCGUAGUAGAUUGUGUGUAUUUAGCCAUUAGGGCAUAGUAACCGACACGUAUGCAUUAAUCAUUUUCCAUGUAGGUACAUGCAACAUGUAUGUCGGAGGUGUCAAGGUGGAACGAUAUUAUACCUAAAUUUUAUGUAAA